CGAAAAUGGUAAAACGUAAGUACCUAGGUACUAAUAGCUAUCUAAGUAGCCAGCACGAAACUCCGGAUAAUUAUUAGAAAACUGGUUUGUGGGUAUUUCACUAUUGUCACUAGGUCAAUCAUUUAACACCCCCCGUGGAGACUUACGGUGGUCACGCAGGUAUACGACCAAUACGCAAAAACCAGUUUAAGGGCGUUCCGGAGGGGAUGAAUUCUGCAGGUUAAACGCGUCCAUCGCCAGAAGCCGUAUAUUUUACUUCGCUAUAUGAUUGUUUUUGUAUUGUUAUAAAUCUGAUGGUGAGUAUGCACGUGAAGAAUAUCAAAAGAACAAAAAGAAAAAACCAGUCCCCUACAAUGUCAUCAAUAUAUAACGCUCUUGGAAUUUUUGAAUUUUUCACCACUCUCACUCACGUGGUCAAUACGUCCCCUCUCAAUACGCAAAGAACAAACAGCGCUCCUGCAGUGACACCAUCCCUGACAAUAGCCAUCACAUCGUACACGGGUAUAAACGUGUUGUCCGAUGAUGCGUUUCAUUUCGUUUAUGUUCGUCAGUCGUUAAUGGUUUUGUUCCCGUCGCUCUUUCGCACGACGAUUGUCGCUGUCGUUUUCCUCUGCGUCAUCUCUGCCCAAUCACUGUACAAAUCUGCGGUCCAUCGAUCGCAUAAAUUAUCAUUUAAAAAAAUACACAUUCGUCCAGCCUAUACACUGUAUAUUAUACAGUCACUACUUACAUACGAAUAUCAGAGUUGCAUGUAGUGUGUGACGCACGUUGCUGCGUACCUGUGAUUCUUGUUGUCCCCGGAGAUCACCGCCUUCAAACAUCGCUCGUAUAAGGUUGAUUUAUACGAAUUUUUCAACUCCUUCGUCGUCUUGGAUGCUGCUUAAAAAAUCAAUAUGGCCAACAUUCAUAGCAUUGCAGAAAUAAGUAAAAAUGCUACAGUUGUGGAAAUUGAUUUUGGUCGACAAAUUUCUAAUACCGACUAUUGUAGACCCGGCAGUAGUCGUGAUACUGAAAGUAGACUUGAGCAGGAGACAAGUAAAUCGGCUUGCAUCCCUUCAAAUUUUCAAAAAAUCUAUAUUUCUUCGAAUAACAAGAAGAACUGGAAAGUGACAGUACAUGGAAUCAAUAAUAGGGUAUUUAAUGAAAUGCAACAAUCAAUGCUAUGUAACGGUAUCCAUGCAAGUCUGUAUAAAAAUGUGUACAAGCUUAAUUAUGAAAGGUCAACUAUAAUACAAGAAUAUGCAAUGCCAAUUAUUAUGAAUGGAAAAGAUAUAAUAGCCAGAACACAAAAUGGAUCGGGGAAAACUACAGCAAUUGCUAUAUCAAUAUUGGACGUCUUACUUAAAAAUUUCUCCGAAAUAAAUGUCGACAGUCAUCGUUCUGACCCACUUGCUAUAAUCGUUGUACCCACGAAACAACGUGUUCAACAUAUAUAUAAUGUUAUACAUCGAUUAAGUGAAAAUACAUCAAUAGAAUGUGGACCCUUGUUUAAUAAAUCACUCUCCGACCAAAAAAAUAAAAUUCAGAAAGGUGUUCAUAUAAUUAUUGCAACUCCAGAAAACUUAGUUGGUUUUGUAAGUCAAGAUUUGAUUACUUUUACUGCUUUGCGAAUAAUCGUAUUUGACGAAGCAGAUGUCCUGUUAACCGCGGGUUUUAAACCCGAAAUUGAAUUUAUAUUAAAUAAUAAAACUAUGGUAUCGACGGACAAAAGAACAACAGUUUUGUUUUCGACCAGCAUGAUUGAUGCAGUUGAGCAAUUAGCAAUGACUUAUCUAAAACCGAAUUAUGUAUCAGUAGAUAUUAAAGAGAUCAAAGAAGCAGCAGAUAUUACGCAAACAAUUUAAGAAGUGGAUAAGUAAGUAUUUAUUGAAAUUUGAGAAAAUAAAAAUAUAUACU